AUGACGCACUCCGGCUCGCGGCCUGUGCCGGCUAAUGCAGGAGCGUCCUCAGGCAGCUACAGAGAAGCGGUCCCGGAAUACGCGCCCUCUCCUUCACUUCGACCAGCUCUACCUGCCCCCUCUCAUCUUCCUAAGCGAGUGUUCGUGGGUAGCAUAGUGACUCCUGUCAAUUUGACUCACCUCAGACUCAUAGAGCGAGGUAUCUUGGGCGUCGGAACGGGCGGGGUGAUUCGGUUUGUAGAGGAUCUGGCGGAGGUGGAACUGAAGCUUGCUCAAGAAGAGGCGCGACAAAGGGCGUUUGUGGCUGAGGAGGAGGCAAGAGGUCGAUCACAGCACAGAAAAAGCCGCGAGCAGCUCAAAUCCCAUGCUGGGACGGAUGAGGACAGCUCAGGGCACAGCGAUGACGAGAGCCAUGAGGAAGGAGGGACCACCCCUGGGGCGCCUGCGAGGAGUAUGACUCCCAAACCGCUACCAGUGUUAAGUAAUGGCAAGACACAAACGUCGCAGCUUCCCACCACCUCUACGCGAGAUGUGUCAGCCGGCGGUCUUCAGAAUGGUUCAAAGCGAGAAGUGUCGCUUCCACCCCCUGCAUUGCCGACGGACAUGCCACUGGACUGGACAACUCAGACCGCUGCUGCACGCGAAGCUUCUGCAUCGCGAUCGCGCUCUGUGGGCAUCGGACUGCCACCCUCCCAGCAACAAGCAUUGGAGAGGAAAGCCAUUCUUUACGUGGUCAAGUCACACGGAUGGAACUUUGCAGAUUGCGAGGUCGUCCGAUUAGAUCCAGGUGCAUUCUUGCAACCGGGCUUCAUCGAUACGCAUACGCACGCAUGUCAGGUACCAAAUCUUGGUCUCGGUCAGCAGUACGAGCUGCUCGACUGGCUGCAGCACGUCACUUUUCCUAGAGAAGCGCGAUUCGAGGAUCCUGUGUAUGCGCGCAAGACGUAUGACAGCGUUGUCCAGAGGCUGCUGGACUCUGGCACUACCUGCGCCGCCAUCUUCGCCACGAUUCAUCGUGAGUCAUUCACGUGCCCUUCGGCACUUGCUCCUAUAUUGACCCGGCUACUAUCCAUCCGUUCGCAGAGGAGGCUACCUCUAUUUUGGCGGAGAUCUGUAAUGACAGGGGAAUGCGUGCCCUUGUGGGUAAAUGUGCAAUGGACAGGAACGCUCCUAUCAAUUACAUCGAAAAGGUCGGUCUUCAUUCCCUUCAGAGAUCUACCGAUGCCCUGACUUCCGCUGACUCGAAGUCAUCUGUCGCUUGCGCAGAACGCUAGCGUAUCUCUCGAGGCGACGAAGACCUUUAUAAAACACGUGCGAUCCUUGCGACCGCAUGGGGAAUAUCCUGACGCCUUGUCGCCAACAAUGACCCCAACGCAUACCUCCGGAUCUCCAGAGAUGGACGCCAGCAUUGCCCGCCUAUCGGCGACGAUGUCUGAGAUAAUGAGCAGCGGUGACGCUAAAGAGCGAUCUGAGAGCCGCGAUCGACACAAUGACGCCUUGCAACUUUCAACGGGGACAUCGCCUCCCGAGUCCCACGCCGAUGCGGGAAGAUCUGAGAACAACAGGCUGUCACAAUCUGCAAUUCUCGAGAAACAGCCGCAUUCCUCUGGCUGGGCUUCGCAUCGGGUCGAGCGUAAAAAUAGAGCCAGUGCGCCCUCGUCCGCCGCGCUGACUCGUAAUCACAGCAGCAGCCGGUCAUCCCGCAAGCCAAAGAUCAGCGCCCCUCUCGUUCAACCAAUCUUGACACCGCGCUUUGCGAUCUCUUGCAGCGACUCGAUGCUCGCGAGCAUUGCUGCGCUUUGGUCCCGGGAUCCAUCUCUCCGUAUCCAGACACACUUGUCCGAGAAUGAAGGCGAGAUAGCAUUCACCAAGAAGCUCUUUCCCUUCGCGGAUAACUACACGAGCGUGUACGAGCACUUUUCGCUUUUGACUCCAAGAACAAUUCUAGCUCAUGCCAUACACCUCGAAAGUUCCGAGAUGGACCUUAUUCGAAAGCGAGACUGCGGAAUCUCGCAUUGUCCGAACAGCAACUUUAACCUGCGCUCAGGCACAAGCCGGAUCGGAGAAAUGCUGAACAGGGGGAUCACCAAGAUCGGCCUCGGCACAGAUGCAAGCGGCGGCUUCGGACUUGGUAUCUUGAGCGCGAUUCGGGAAGCGAGCGUAGUUGCCAAAGUCCUCAGCUUUCCACAACGCGGCAAGCAAGAAGGUGAAUUGUUGACAGCACAAGGUCUUGGAGACUGCGCGCCAGUCGACUUACUACUCAAGAAGGGGAAGGAGCAAACGAAUGAGUCGAGAGAGCCGCAUACAAGCCGAGAGCAUCAAACGCCUCCUGAGGACGGCAGACACCCCAUGCCUCCUGUGGACCAUCAGCACAAAGUCAAGAGACCCGCUAUCACGCAGAAGGGCCCUGCCACGCCCAGCGGCGCGGCGACGGCUCCUCGGAAGACGAGUGUCAGCACGACUGGAAGUUCCACCAGUAGUCAUGCGAGUGACUCUGCGAGCACGCCUGGCACAUCCGCUGCUGAAGACGAACCUCAGCUCGGAAGCGAUCAAGGGAAAAGCACCAAAGCCACGCCGCCUGAGGCGCAGGACGGUACCUCGACAGACUUUUGUGCUGGGCCCUUGAGCAUCGCUACAUUGUUCUACCUCGCCACUCUCGGAGGCGCGCACGUGUGUAGCUUGGCCGACACUAUCGGAAGUCUAGACGUAGGCAAGGUGAGGGAAUUGCAGCGCGAGGUCGGGCAAAUAGAAUUUCGCGCUGAUGAUUUGCCCUUGCUCCCGCGACCUGUUAGGAAUUUGAUGCCCUGCUGAUCCGGACCACCUCAAAUUGGGAUCCAGUCAAGGGCUACAGAGGCUGUCCCAACCUCUUCAUCGAGGAGGAAGACACCAUCGAGACUCGUCUAGAAAAGGUGCGAACUCCGAAUCUGGGUCUCGCUGUGGAGAGUGCAUGCCUAGAAGCCAUGUAUAUUGCACUGAUGCCUUCCAUUUUCGACCAACGUAGUUCCUCUUUUGUGGUGAUGAUAGGAACAUCUCGUCAGUCUUUGUACGAGGUCGAUGUGUCGGUGGGGCGGAUCCCAUCAGCUGA